AUGUUCCGUUUGUUGCACGAGUCUCAGAACCAGAUGUUUGCCGUCUUGGCUUCAGUUCGCGAGAUGCAGAGGGAAUCGCUAGCAAAUCAAAUACGUAACGCUCUUAGUGGUAUCGAAUUCUGGAUCAAGGCACAGAAGAAGUUUCAUGACAAAAGCUCGCCCGAGGACUGGGCCACGCGGCGUAAGCAUUAUCUGGAAUCCGUACACGACAUGUGCCCACGUUUGAAACUCAGCAUAUCCAAAGUCCAAGAUUGGAUUACAGGUGAAAACACCGGUUUGGUUGGCAAACCUCUAUUGGUACACAUGGCAGCUGUCCUUCAGCAUGAAGCACCGUGCCCACAACACAUGCUGCAGUAUGCCAACGUGAUCCACGGUAUGAUUUGGCAAGCUGGCUUGGCAUAUUGCGAAUACGUGCAUCUAUCGAAGGGUAAUUUCGUCUCUUGCGACAUGUAUUGGAGCUGGGGAACUCUAAAGUUGAUUAGAGAGGCAGUUCACAGGCAGGCUUUGAAUGAUUUCGGGGGCGGAUCGGCACAGAAAGGUCAAGCACAUGCUUCAAGAGAGAGGUAG